AUGCCGAGUUUAAAAAAGAUACGUUCAGCUCAACGGAGACGUAUAGAAGCGGAAGCAAUAUUUGAACACUUAUCAAAUGAAAUUAUCUUUGAUAUUUUUGAUUAUCUAACGGGUAAUGAAAUUUGCAAAUCUUUCUAUGGUCUCAAUAGUCGAUUCAGUCAACUUGUCUGUAACACACCCAAUGUUCAUUUGGAUUUAUCCCGAACAAAAACGAAAUUUUUUCAAACAUUUCAACAGAUAUUCUGCGAGGAAAAUGUAACUUCGGUUGAAUUAUUCUAUGACAAUAUCUCCAUAUUAGCAUCAUUUAUGACACCACUUCGCAGAAAACGAUUUAAAUCAAUAUCUUUACUCGACCUACCAGUUCAGGAAUUCGAAAAUCAAAUACCAGCGAUAUUGAAUAAUUUCAAAGAUGAUUUGAUAAGUUUCAAGAUUCGAUUCAGUGAUAUGAAAUGCACAGAACCUGGUGAACGUGCUGCUCUAUCAUUCGCAUACCUACUCACUGAAAUGCCAUCGUUAAAAUAUUUAACAUUAGAACAUUCAAACGGCAUCGAUCCGAUAACUUACAUGCAUUCGAAUGUGAUUAAUAAUACUAUCAUAAAUUUAGCAAUAUCCCUCUUCGAUAUUAAACGUUUAAUACCAUUACUUUAUCGAUUUCAAAAUUUAAACUCGUUCACUAUGGACGUGCAUAAAAAUGAAGGAUUUCGUGGCAAGCUAGCACAACCGCCACAAGCAGUUAGGUAUUACAAAAGUCUAAUCAACGAGAAAACAUCAAUGGAAUAUCCUGCUGGACUUCAUCACGUCAAAGUAUAUCAGUAUCCAUUGACAGCAGUAGAAACGAUUGAAAGAUUACUCCAAUUCACUACUUCCAAGAAUUUAUUGACUUAUAGCUUAUUCGCUUGUGAACGUCCUCCUGUGAAAAUUCCAGUAUCAAGAAGACAACCACCGUUUCUCGAUGGUACACAAUAUCAUGAUUUAGUAAGGAAAUAUUUACCAACAACGUUGAAAAGAUUCUACGUUGAAUACAACGUCGAUGGUGCAACGCCACGCACAAAGAUUGCGCAAGUCAAGAAAGAUUUCAUGAAAUAUAAUGGGUCAAAUCUAUCAUGCGAACAUUGUUUUUUGUACGAUAAAGAGGACAAGCGUAUGUCAUUCGAUCUAACUUUUACUUAG